GGCGGUGCGUUCGAAACGUCCGCGGGCAAAAAGUUCGGACGAUCGGCGUACGAGCAGCGGUUCUUCGAAGACGAGAACUUCACGCUGAAACAUACGGGGCCUGGCCUCCUUUCCAUGACCAAUAUGGGGCCCAACAGGAACGGCUCGCAGUUCUUCAUCAUGCUCACCAAGGCUGCGUUCAUGGACGGCAGGCACGUGGUAUUUGGCAAGAUCACCAAAGGCAUGGACGUGCUCAAAACAAUGGCCUCUUACGGAACAAUCAGCGGCAAGCCAACGGCCGAGGUGGUGAUCGACAAGUGCGGAGUCCUCUGACCACGCACAUGUGGCGGCUGCCACAAACGUCGGCAGAUCGGACCGUUGUAACGCGUUGAAGACGACUUAUAUGAAAUUACUGUACAUUCCAGAA